GGCCGUUGAAGUCAAAGUAAAUGGAGUAUGCUCAACCGACACCUCUCUCUACGACUCGCCAGAUCUCUCUGCACGGCGGCGGCGACCGCAAAAUCCUUUUCACAAAACCAGAUUACAACACCAUCCACCAAUCUCAAACCCUUCAAUUCCAAAAUCUCAUCUUUAAUGCGGGAUGGCUCUGUUGAAGAAGCCCAGAAGCUGUUCGACAAAAUGCCUCACAGAAACACCGUCACUUGGAAUGCCAUGAUUCGUGGCUACUUUCAAAAUAGGCAGUUCCAAGAUGCGGUUUAUUUAUUUAAUCGGAUGGCUGAUCAUGAUGUCUUCUCGUACAACACAGUGAUUGCUGGGUUGAUGCAAUGUGGGGAUGUGGAUGGUGCAAGGAAAGUCUUUGAUGGGAUGAAUUUUACAGAUGUUGUUACUUGGAAUUCAAUGGUUUCCGGGUAUAUUCGUAAUGGGAUGAUUGGUCAAGCUGUACAAGUGUUUAAUGGGAUGCCGUUGAAGGAUGUGGUUUCUUGGAACUUGGUGGUUGGAGGCCUUGUGAAUAAUGGAGAGCUCGAUUUGGCUGAAAAGUAUUUUAAGCAAAUGAUUGUUCGAGAUUUGGCGUCUUGGACUAUAAUGAUUUCAGCAUUUUCUAGUGUAGGACGUGUUGUUGAAGCCCGAGAGCUCUUUGAUGAAAUGCCUGUGAGAGAUGUUCAGGCUUGGAAUGCAAUGAUGGUUGGGUAUAUAGAAAACGGGUAUGUUGAAAUUGCAGAGGGCUUGCUUCACAAAAUGCCCAAGUGGGAUUUGGAUUCUUGGGCUCAAAUGGUAAAUGGAUUGGUCAGGAUUGAAAGAGUCAAUGAUGCCAUGAAGCUUUUCAUGGAGAUGCCAGAGAAAUGUCCGAAAACAUGGAACUCAAUCCUUUUAAAAUUAAUAAGAAAUGGGUUCACUAGAGAAGCUCAUGCCGUUUUUGAGAAAAACCCUUACAAAGAUGUUGUUUCAUGGACAAAUAUGAUUGUUGGGUAUCUUGGAACUGGAGAGGUUGGCAGCGCUAUUGAACUCUUUGAGUCAAUGGAAACUCGAGAUACAGCUGCAUGGAAUGCCACAAUAUUUGGAUUAAGCGAAAACGAUCUUGAUGAGGAAGGUUUGAAGCUUUUCAUUAGAAUGAAAGAAUCAGGGCCAUCUCCAGAUAAAAGUACAUUUACCAGUGUUUUGACAAUCUGUUCAGACUUACCAACCUUACAGCUUGGUAGACAAACUCAUGCACUGUCAGUAAAAUCAGGAUUUGAUAACAUCAUUGCAGUUUCCAAUGCUAUGGUUACCAUGUAUGCUAGAUGUGGGAACAUGGAUUUAGCUUUACUAGAAUUCUCUUCCAUGCAAAGCCGCAAUGUCAUUUCGUGGAAUUCUAUAAUCUGCGGAUUCGCUCACCAUGGGAAUGCUGAAGUAGCUCUGGAGAUGUUUGAACAAAUGAGAUCAGCAGAUGUUCAGCCCAAUCACAUAACCUUUGUUGGUGUUCUAUCUGCUUGUAGCCAUGCGGGGUUGGUGGAUGAAGGCAGAUACUACUUUGAUAUGAUGAAAUGCAAGUAUUUCGUUCAACCUACAAUUGAGCAUUAUACAUGUAUGGUUGAUUUGUUGGGGAGAUAUGGACUUAUAGACGAGGCAAUGAGUUUCUUAGAUCAAAUGAGAGCAGAUGGAUUUGAAAUUCCUGCUAGUGUGUGGGGUGCAUUACUUGGAGCCUGUAGAAUCCACAAGAAUGUUGAGGUGGGUGAGAUUGCCGGGGAGAGGAUUUUGGAUGUAGAGCCCGGUAACUCUGGUGUCUACUUGAUUUUGGCAGAAAUGUAUCUGGCUAGUGGACGAAGGGAAGAUGCGGGGAGGAUUUGGGCAAGAAUGAAAGAGAAAGGAGUGAAGAAGCAACCUGGGUGCAGUUGGAUUGAGGUAAACAAUUUCGGAUAUGUAUUCCUUUCGGGGGACAAAUCCCACCGUAAAUUUCGAAGAAUCCAUUUUGUAUUAGGUUUGCUACAUACAGAGAUUGAGGCUGAAAUUUCAAAAUCAAAUGCUGCCUCAUUUCAGCUGGUACAAGUUCCACCGGAUGGGUUUUAUGGCCGAGGUAUCGACUUCAGCUAGUACGUGUCUUAGUUUAAGUCGUUUGAUUAUAGUAAUGGCUCAGAGGAAGCGAAAUGCAAGAAAAUGCACAGGUUGCUAAUGUAGAGGCUCAGGAAAUGGUUUAUUGUAUCACUUACAUCAUAGUUAAUGAACAACAAUUAUGUGUUACAGAAA